CCAGGGCCUCUUUAGAUUGGCUGCUAAGGGGUUAAACGCAUUGCCCAGUUCUGAGGAAGCCUGUUCCAAGGAAGGCAUUGACUGGAAUAAGGUUUUGCUGCAGACACAAGCUGAUGUGCUUGCAGCAAAGAUUGCAGGCUUAUCAGUAAAGAUAAACACGCAAGGGCUUCCAAAACUGUGUGUCCCUGCCACUUGUUUGGGAUCCUUUUUCAGAGACCAAGAGAAAAUACAAGAUCUUCUCCAAGAUAGAUGCUACUUCAAAGAGGGCAGCCAGCAGAUUUUGAAGAAACAGAGACCAUGUAUUACUAUGUGGUUUGGAACAGCUAUCAAGAUGUCAUCCGUCCUAAGCAUCUUCCAAAUUUCUCACUCUUUUGCCAAAGAAGUGGUAAGGAUUCUUACUGCUGUCUCUUUGCUGUACUCCCUCCGAGCAGCUCAGGGACACAAUUACAACCACCCUGAGCAUGCCUAUGCCAUUUGAUUCUUGUUCUUGCUACCAGCACUAAGCAAUCAGUCCCAGUUGCCCCCAGCGUAGGCAAAACUGGAGGCAGCUACAGCACUGCCUUAGCAGCAACUGCAGAAAGCAGAGCUCCUGGAGAUGUGCCUGAGGUGAGCAGGACACAGGGCCAUUGGUGCGGACCUGUCAAGGAAACGAAAUGCAGCCCCCACAGAGGAGGCACGUCACUGGAGACCCCCUGGCUGGCCACGUGUUGGGCUCACAAAGCAUCUAGGAAGGCCUGGCUGCUGAGAAGUGGGCAGAAAGCUGCCACGGGGUCUUACAGCUUGAGAGGGGUAAGAAGGCAGCUGAUGAGACUGAAUUUUCCUCAGGGACAGAAAGAUCUUUGGUCCCUGCUCCCUGUUGUCUUCUCAUGUUUUUUAAAAAACCCCAACAAAGCAACUCUUCCUCAUUCCCCACCACCAGCCCCAACAACAAAAAAGCACAGGUUUGAUGGACCCUAAGAGAAACAAAUGUAAGCACCUCUUUGGAAAACACUCCUGAGGCCUGCGGCCAUCCCGCAUUCCUGAGGAGGCUGCAAGCCUCCUCCCCAGCAUGCCUGCCCAGCAGGGCAGCCGGCGCCAGGGCUCCGGAGGCCACGCUGCAAUGCUGCCCCUCUCACUGCACCAACGCACCCACUCAGAGCCCCACUAGGGACUUGGGCCUCUCUCAAGCCUGUCCGUAGCCAUGUUUUGUGCUGCUCGUGCUCGGGAGAUGACUGCCAGGGAGAACAGAAGCAGCAUCUUUACCACGCGGCGCUUUCUGCCAUGUUCAUUCAAAGGACGGUUCCAUGUCUGAAGUGCUGCCAGACUGAUCUAUGAACAUUGCGAAGCAAACAGCUGCCACGUCCUCAUCCUACUUCUUGUCACGGCAUCGCCAGUAGAGCAGGAAGUUCUUCAGUAAUGUAACUAGGAAGCUAUUCUGUACUGAAUCAGCAUGGGAUAGAGUGCCUAGAAGACGUUCAGCCCAAGCACAGCUAGCGCGUCCCUGCUGGUUCUCCAUUCUGCAUCCGUGCAGCCACGUUCUAUUGAUGGCCUGUUGUGAUUUCAAUGGAACAUCAUGGGAUGUACCUGGCACGUCGGGCAGCACUGGAUGGAGGUGCCUUUAGCCCAAUGUACCUGGCAUGGUGGUAAGGUGAAGGUGAAAGGAAGAGAAGGUGGAGAUGGAACUGCCAAAUCAUGCCAAACAACUGCUACUGCAGCUGAACCAGCAACGAGCCAAAGGUUUCCUCUGUGAUGUGAUCAUUGUGGUAGAAAAUGCCCUGUUUCGUGCCCAUAAGAACAUCCUGGCAGCCAGCAGCAUGUAUUUCAAAUCCCUUGUCCUGCAUGACAACCUGAUUAACUUAGACACAGACAUGGUGAACCCCACUGUGUUCCGGCAGAUCUUGGACUUUAUUUAUACUGGUAAGCUCUUAACGACUGACCAGCCUGGUGAACAGAACUUUAAUGCUCUCCUCACCGCAGCAAGCUACCUCCAACUGCACGACCUGGCAGCUCUCUGCAGAAAGAAGCUGAAGCGGAACGGCAAGUCCUUUGCUGGCAAGGCCGGUGGCCUUGGUGUUGGGAGAUCUGCCAGGAGUCAGAGACUUUCCACUGCUUCGGUCAUCCAAGCUCGUUAUUCAGGGUCAAAUGAGGGGUUGAAGGGCUCACACUCAAAGGAGCUGUCAAAGGGAAAGCUCUCCGAUGACGAGGUCUUCAUCAGCAGCUCCAACCAAGAGAACUGUCACUCCUUAAGCAGGGGAGCCAGUAAAAACGGUGGUGGGGGCAGCAGUGCAAAUGGGAGCACUGGCGACCAGGAGCUAGGCCUCGACCUGUCCAAAAAAAGCCCAUCGCUCCCUGUUGCAGCCUGCCACGAUGACACGCAGCACAGCGAAAGCCAGCAUGGCUCUCCCCAAUCUGCCUCAGCCCCCGCAGCCAACAGUGCCUCAUCGUUCGACGAGUCUGGAGUCGGAGCCCCUCACAGCAUGGCGGACAGCAGCGACCCCAUGGAGAUGGAUCUGAGCGAAGAGUGCCACCACUCAUUGACGGAGAGCAGCCAGCGCAAGGGCCUCCGGCACUCAUCCCGCAAGAAGGAGUGGAUCAAGAAAGACAACGCCUUUGACCGAAAGGAGGGGGGCAAAGACAGGGACGAGGGCGAAGGGCUGCCCAAUGGUAUCCUGCUGGGGCCCUUGUCCAAGUCCGUGGAGCGGAGUCUGGCCGGGGCCUACGGUGCAGACCUGCCCUACCCGUGUAAGGAGGAGGUGGAAAAUGGUAAGGAGAACAGCGACGACAGCGGCCAGAGCGAGAGCGAGAGCGGCGGGCAUACUAGUGCCAACUAUGUCUACCGGCAGGAGGGGUUUGAGCCAGUGGCCUACGGUGACAACCUGUAUGUCUGUAUCCCCUGUGGCAAAGGCUUCCCCAGCUCCGAGCAGCUCAAUGCCCAUGUGGAGACGCACACCGAGGAAGACCUUUACAUCAAGGAAGAAGGCACGUACGGCGGCAAGGAUGAAGCCGAGGAUUUGUCCAACCCCAACCAGUCCUACGCCGCGGAGUCCCGGCCCUUCAAGUGUUCAGUGUGUGAGAAGAGCUACAAGGAUCCAGCCACGCUGCGGCAGCAUGAGAAGACUCACUGGCUGACGCGGCCCUUCCCUUGCAACAUCUGCGGCAAGAUGUUCACACAGCGGGGCACCAUGACACGGCACAUGCGCAGCCACUUAGGGCUCAAGCCCUUUGCUUGCGAGGAAUGCGGGAUGCGCUUUACCCGGCAGUACCGACUGACAGAGCAUAUGCGUGUCCACUCAGGAGAAAAACCUUACGAAUGUCAACUGUGUGGUGGGAAAUUCACCCAGCAGCGCAAUCUGAUCAGCCACCUGCGAAUGCAUACCUCUCCCACAUAAGCCAAAGACUCCAGAAUGAGCUUCGAGCCCAUCCGCAGUGAUUUACCUUUCUGUAGACUUGCUGCUUAAAAAAAAAAAGAAAAAAGAAAAAAA